UACUUUCAAUAUAAAGCUUAGACUCUGCAAAAUUUAAUUGUGGUAAAGAUUUCUGAGAGCCCUACUUCUUCUUACAACAGUUUUCCUGCGAUGGCUCCCACCGGCACUGUUAGCUUGAAGCUUCUGGUAGAGUCUACAGACCAGAGAGUUUUGUUUGCUGAAGCGGGGAAAGAUUUUGUUGAUUUUCUGUUCAGCAUUCUGUCUUUGCCUGUUGGCGCUGUCACGGGGCUUCUCACUAAACAAGACAUAGUGGGGUGCCUUGGAAACCUUUACGUAAGCCUAGAAAGUCUGAGUGAAACUUACAUACAGCCAACAGCAAACAAAGACACGCUUUUGAAGCCUAUGGUUUCCAACUAUACCGCAAAUGUACCUCGCUUGUUGCCAAACUUGCAAUCGUCAACAUCCACCAUUAACCUUUAUAGGUGUAACGGUAGUUACAGUACCUGUCGAACCUAUAUUGCAAAUGAUUCGAAAUCCAUUUGUCCUACCUGCGCUUCUGUUAUGAGCCACAAGGCAACCUUUGUUAAUCCACCAGAGCGAGCUGCAUCAUCCUCUGACGAAGGAGGUUAUGUCAAAGGGGUUGUUACUUAUAUGAUAAUGGAUGAUCUGGUAGUUAGGCCUAUGUCAACUAUUUCUUGUAUCACUUUACUCAACAAGUUCAGUGUCAAGGAUGUAGGGGUUCUUGAAGAGAAAGCGAUUGAUUUUGGAAUGGAUGAGGGUGUGAAAUUGCUGAAGGCAUCUAUGCAGUCCAAGAGCGUGCUCACUGAUGUGUUCCUUGGGAAGAAGGUGGGGCAAAGUGAGGUUACUAAUCCUCUUGCAGUUUACAUUCGUGAUCUAGGAAAUGCACAUGAAUGAUUUUCUGUCUUGCAUACAGUUUCAAGAGUCUCAGUGUAGCAGGUGAUGCUCAUUGGUUUCUUAUUCAAACCUUAGCAGUUUGUAUAAAGAUUGCUUUGAGCCUUUUGUUAUGUAAUAGUGGUGUGGUUUUAUAGACCUGCAAAGUCUGAACCUAUCUACUAAAAGCUUUUGGCUUACUGCAUGAGUGUGGAGUCUUGAUCUGAAAUAUAAGUUGUUUUAUGGCUUA